AUGGGGAUGAAACACAAGACGUAUCUGCAGUCUCCGUACGUGUACGGCUGUGCCAAGUGCAAGACGCAUCUGACCUCGUUGGAUGCACUGAUCAGCAAGUUUGCUAUUUUCGUCUUUUUCGCGCUUGCCGCGUUUGCCGCCGUUGUCCGCGCCGAUGACAAGGUUGUCGACGAGGAGGGCCGCGAGGUCGUCUUCUUCGACUCCAAGGUCGGUGACCUCGACUUUGAGGACGACGCUACCGAGAAGCGUUCGCUGAACAUUCGCGGCAAGUCGUCGUUCGGUCUUUCGGCCCGCCAUAUCAAGGAGAACUCCUUCACCCAUGGCCCCAGCACCAACGAGAAGCUCCAGCUGGAGAACGUCAAGAUCACCUGGUACGCCUCGGAGGACCUCAAGAACCCCGCCUGCGGUGAUGAGAACUGGAACCCGAACAACAAGAACCACAUUGGUGCCGUCCAGAAGUCCUGGACCAACGGUCCCCAGUGCGGUGAGUUCGUCCGUCUCUGCAACCCCAAGGUGGAGCGUUGCGUGAAGGUCCGCAUCGUCGACGAGUGCGCUGGCUGUGCCCAGAACCAUGUCGACCUGACCAAGAGCGCCUUCAAGCACCUUGCUACCACUGGCACGCUCGACGAGGGCAUCACCACUGGUCUCCAGAUGUACGCCAGCCACAACCCCAACCCGUGGGACUUCUCGCUCUUCGGCCCUCUGAAGCUGAAGAACUAA